AUGUCUUCUCCCAUGUUCCGAUUGUGGCUGGUUCUGCUGGGAGGACUCGCGCUGCCAGUGGUUCGACAUGUCCGUUGCAUUGAAAUCAGCACCCCAGCAGAGGUGGAGGCAGUCAAUGGAACCGAUGUUAAACUAAAGUGCACCUUCACCUCCACCUCCCCCGUGUCACUGCAGUCAGUCACUGUGUCCUGGAACUUCCGCCCCCUGCUGCUGGGACUAGAUGAAUCAGUGUUUUAUUAUGAUAAGGAGCCUUUUCCUCCCGAUCAAGGGCGCUUCAAAGGCCGUGCUGUUUGGUCUGGUGACAUCCUCAGGAAAGAUGCUUCCAUCACGCUGCAUGAUGUGCUUCCAACCUUCAAUGGAACCUACAUCUGUCAAGUCCGCAACAGACCAGAUGUGCACGGCAGCAACGGCGAGAUCAUGCUCAGAGUAGUCAACAAAGUGUCUCUGUCGGAGAUCAGCAUGCUGGCCAUGGCUGUGGGGGCUGGGAUUCUUCUCAUCCUGGUCAUUCUCGUAGUCGUAGUAUCAGUGAAGCUAUGCAGGAAGAGGCAAAUUGACAGAGACACUGAGAUGCACGUACCAGAGGAACAGUGGAAGGACCCCACCGUGUGCCAAGAGGAAGAGGCCAUUCAUUUGACCGUUAGGCCAAAAAAGAAAGAGGCGGCGAGCUCAGACGAUGAAGAGUCUGAGGGGAGCAGUGGAGAUGAUGAUGAUGAUGAGGAGGAAGAAGAUGACGAUGAUGAUGACGACGAUGAUGAUGAUGAUUACGACAAUGAGAGCAAUGAUGCAGACUGA